UGGAGGAAGUACUUAGACAGUUGGGAGUCAAAGAAAUAGAUGUAGAGCUCAUGAACGCAGACUAUGUGUUAAUUCCGCAUGCGAAAAUGCCGCCUGCCAGACUACAUUCGUCAGUAGACGGUCAUGUUGCCGUACUCAGCAAUCACGUGUCUGUGCUGAAAGCUCUCGACUACCACUUUACAGGAAAGUCUUCGUGUCCCCCCAUGAAUGUGGAGAUAGCUGAACAAAUAUUGAAGUACAUCGACAAUACCGUUACGAUGCCAAUAAAGAACAAGAUGUUAGAUCUCAUCAAACGCCUUCCAUUGUUUGAAACAGCCGAUGGCAAACUGUCGCCUGUUUCGGGAAUGACGUGCUACGUUAUGCCUCAAGACAUAGUCGACGAUGGAUGCGAGAUCUGGACGACGCGACCAAAUCAUGUCUUUCUAAAAUACAAGCCUCGAUUUGAAUCAUUGUACAGUGAAUUACAGCUCAACAAGCGAACAUGUCAGGAAGUCUAUAUUGACUGCAUUUUACCUUCUUUUCCAGAAAUGACAAUGGAUCAACGUAUUGAGCAUCUCAAAUUCUUAGCUGAAUGCCGGAAGCACUCCUGGUCAAAUGUUAGAACUAAAUUAAAAGUGACAGCAUGUUUUGAUUUUGAAGGCACAGUACAACCCAUCAGCUAUUUUUACGAUCCGACAGAUAAUUUUUUCGAGCUGAUGUUGUCCAGUGAUUAUUUCCCUCCUUUGCCUUCUUGUAUUGAUGAGGACGACUGGUUGCAGUUUCUUCGCAAUCUCGGCUUAAAGACUGUCUGCUCAAGGAAAGUUAUCGAAAACCUCGCUGAUCGAAUGGAAGGAGUCGCACUUUCAUGGACUGACUUAGACCAAGCCGAUGUGGAGAGCUGGAACCGACAGUCUAAAUUACUGUGUCAACAUAUUUUCUCAAAUAUUGAUGAAUACAGAUGCAGCUUCACGUGGCUAAGAGAGAAAAAGUUCGUUGCAUGUCGGGAAAUCAGUAAUUCCCUCUGCGACCUCGCAGAUCCAUUCUACAAACGGAACACUCGGCACGCAACAAGCUUCAGUGAUGCUAUCAUGCCGUCACCAGUAAACGAGCAGCUUUGCUGGACCAGUGCAGCCAUACUUCCUGAUUAUGCAAUUCCCUCUUUUGAUGAUGCCAUCGAAGCUCUAGAACUAAAAGUUACACCAAACGUUCAGUCGGUUCUCGAUCAUUUUCGUUUUGUAACGCAACAAGUCAUCGAAAGAGAUGAGCUGGAUACACACACUAUCGUGGACGUGGUGCAACAUGUCUUCGCAUAUUUAGAAAAGUUCUUCCAGGAUGGUAUACAUACACGACGCUCUACAUCAUACAGAGAUGAUGAUGCAAAAAAGGAAAUGAAGAUUAUUGUCGAUGCACUGAUUGACUAUUUCUGCAUAUUUCUUCCAUCAAGAAAACUUUUUGUCAAACCGCAACAAGUGGUAAUUGAAUUGACAAACGAAAUACCGCCUUAUCUGUUCAAGCUUCCAUCGUAUCUACAAAUGUACAAGUCCUUUCUCCUAAAGCUCGGGGUAACGGAAAGAGUGACGCCCGCUAGCUACGCUCAAGUUCUCCAAAACAUACAUGAUACGAGUUGGAACGAAACCGGCAAUACUGAUGCUGUUAUUAAGGCAGCAGUUAAUGGUCUGUUCUCCUUGAUAUCAACAGGCACUCCAACCGGCUUUGACCUAGAUGCUCACGAGACGCUCCCGAAUGAACUCCAAACAGAGACAGAUGUUGAGGAUUUGAUAAAAGAACUGUCUCCUUUGUACUUGCCUGAUCGUAACAUGCACUUGCGACAGUCAACAGAGUUAGUCUACUUAGAUAAACCUGAAUUCGAGCGAUAUACGCAACGUAUUGGAUUUGAUUUUCUGUUAAACCUCCAAGAGUGCAAAUUGUCGCCACUGAAAGAAGAAACUAUUUGCUUACUCCCUCAAAGUCUUAGACCGACACUUUUCAGUGCAUUGGUGCAAGAAGUAUUACAUCCUGCUUGCAAGCUCGAUGACGUGCAAGAUCUACGGCUUCAGAAAGUAGAAGAAAAGUACAGCAAUCUAUUGUCUUCCUACCAGUUUGCUCAAUAUAUUCACAGUAUUUAUGCAAACGAGUAUCGAACCGACAAAUUGCCUACCCACGUACAGCAAGGACUUGAGGUGCUGCAGAAUAGUCUCCAAGUCAGAUGUCUUAGCGAGAUUAGAACACAUUUGCAGCACGUUGACUCCGGAGUUGUGAUCGAAAACAGUGAAAGAACAAUAGAAUCGUUCUUGCAGAAACAUGACGAUGGCGCGACGCUGUACUUGUCCGGAAACUUUAUUUCUUCUGACCGACAGCCUAAAUUUCAAUUGGCUGUCUUUCGCGGGCAAUUGGCAAAACAAAUUGAGAAAUUAUUGCAAACAGAAUUACCUGGUAAAGAGUUGAUGAUUCUUCUAGAAUGUGAUGAUCCUAGCAAUAUCCUUGAGGCUCUUGAAAAUUUUGACAUUGAGUGCAUUCAUGAAGGAAAUGAUCAACAGGAGCUGCCUGUGUCCCAUCAGAAUGUUACACAACAACAAGUGAUGCUUGGAAUGCCAGUACAACAUGAACACAGAGGCCAAAUGCUUCCAACACUCGACGAUACUGUCCUCCGUCCUGAUAACUGGGUUGCCUACGAACCGAGAGAAGAACACUUUGUUUACGCAAAGGUUGUGCAUAGAGACUACGAUGAAAGCAGCAGUGACACUGAUUUGGCAACAAGAAACUCAGCGUUACAUUCCAAAUACGUCAUUGACAUUGGAAAUGACAAAGAGAUGACAGUGUCCGCAUUAGAUCUGUAUUCAUUUGAUGAUCGUCAACUCGAAAGUUCAGAAGACCAGAUUCUUGUACUCGGUCAGUCAGCUGCAUGUCAACAAGAGAACGAGCCUAUAGAUUGCCUUCGCAGGCAGCUGGAAGACGCUAGGAGACUGCCAUGUGAAAUGAGAAGAAAAGUAAUCAUGAGAAUGUACUGGAAAUGGUCUACUAAGGCCAACGACCUUCAUGCUAAUGCUGCACAAGCAAUAGAACUAAUAAAAGAAAAUGUAAGCCAACACGAGGAAGAAAGCUUGCUUGGCCGCGCUGAUUCGUUUCUGUCUUCUCUGAGAAGAGCAGCUCCGUCUCAUCGUUCCUCAAAUAGAGUUAUGAUGUCUGUUGCUCUUCCAUGUUCAAUUUCCAUAUUUCCUGAUAGACAGAAAGGGGAGAUGUUUCUAGCGCAAGCUAGGAUUGACUUGAAAGCAGCCAGAGUUCUCUACGAUGCAGCCGGGAUGGACCGGCAACUCUAUGCUGCCGUCUGCUUUCACUGCCACGAAGCAGUCGAGAAAACCCUUAAAGGAAUUCUGUUUAUUAAAGAAGGCAUCAACGACUUCAGAAGAAAGAGACACGAAUUAGAUUGCUUUCUGCACACUACCCUCUCACAUAAAGCAUUGUACAAACAUGCUCUCGUGGUAAGAGGAGACUACUACUUGGGUACUCGUUAUCCGGACUACCACCACCCAUGCUGCGUCCCUGGAGAUUUGUAUAGCCAUCGGCAAGCUGAAAGAUUACUACAAGCAACGCAAGUAGUAAUUAGAGAAGCUUACAACAAGGAACAUGUACAAUAGAGGAGAUCAGGAGCAAAUAAAUUAACUUAAACAAGAUUUCACGACCAUGACACUCUAGGACGUAGACAAGUAGAGACAUAGCAUCUUCAGUAUACACAUUCAUCUAAUAAUUAGUUUGCUUUGCCGCAUCAAUUAACAAUAUUCCUUGCUUGUGUGAACAUUUGUUUUUCAGUGGUA